AUUUUUUUGUGAAUUAAUUUUAAUCAGUAAGGCACCAGCUACUGAUAACCGUCAACGAUGGAUAAAGCACCAGUAUCUUGUUUACCAACAACCCCGAAGAUGUCUAAGGCGAAGAAGGUUUUAGACGAUGCCCGUGAAAUUCAGAACCCAGAACUUGAUCUCUGUGAUAAAGGAAUUGUGACUUUUGAAGAAUUGCCCGGGCUAUUCAAUAUGAAAAAUAUUACAAGGCUGACUCUUAGCCACAAUAAAAUACGCAAUGUUCCUGGAGGUUUAGCUAACUUGGUGAACUUGGAAAUUUUGAAUCUUUUUAACAAUUACUUAGAAGAAUUACCUAUGUCGAUAUCUUCCAUGCCCAAAUUGAGGAUUUUAAAUCUUGGUAUGAAUCGACUUAAUUCUCUACCAAGAGGUUUUGGUGCAUGCCCAGCUCUCGAAGUUCUCGAUCUCACUUAUAAUAAUUUACAUGAAGGCGCUCUCCCAAAUAAUUUUUUUAUGUUAGAAACCUUGAGAGCACUGUAUCUGGGAGAUAAUGAUUUCGAAAUACUUUCUCCUGAAAUCGGGCAGUUAAAAAAUCUACAAAUUCUGGUUCUUCGGGAUAACGAAUUGACAGAAUUACCGAAGGAACUAGGUGAACUUACGAGGCUGAGAGAGCUCCAUCUUCAAGCAAAUCGCCUCACGCUCCUUCCUCCAGAAUUAGGUAAUCUUGACUUCACUUCUGAUAAGUCAGAGGUGAAACUUCAUUUGAAUCCUUGGGUUGCACCGAUCAGCGAUCAGCUUCAAGGCGGUAUCGUCAGAAUAAUGGAAUAUAUCAGAUCAGACACUUAUAAGUUUUUAUACAAGAGGCAAAUGUCUUUGAAUGCUCCUCCUCCACCUAAAACUGUCGAUAAAAGUAAAAAAUUGUCAAGACAAAGAAAUGCUAGUUAAAUACAAAAUAGGUUUAUUAAAUUUACCUCUAUCUUCACUGCCAACUUGUUUCUUUGUCUUCCAUGUACUUAUGUUUGUAUAAUAUUAAUAACGAUAACUUGUAUUAUUAAUAAGUUAUCAUAUGUGCUAAUACAUGCCAUUUUAUAAAUGUGCCUUAUAAUUGUUGCCUUG